GUCCUCAUCCGUCAGAUUUACUGUCGCGUGAUCACCUCGUGGUUCAAAUGUUGAGUAACUUUGUGAAUUCUCACUUAAGCCUGCUAACACUGACUGUGUCUGAUAUGACGAAAGACUUCUCUGAUGGGGUUCUACUCGUCCUUCUUAUGGGUCUUUUGGAGGGCUAUUUCGUCCCCUUUCAUGUCUACCACCCGACGCCCAGCACAGAGGCAAUGCGAUUGCACAAUGUGAGGCUGGCGUUCGAUUUGAUGUUGUCGGCGGGUGUUGGUGAACCACCUGCUCAACCAGAGGAAAUAGUGAGCGCUGAUCCAAAAGCUAUCAUGCGAGUUCUAUACAACUUGUAUUCAUUCUACGAGCGUCUGAAUACGGAACGCCGGCGGCACGAAAUUGCUAACAUUCGCGAGCAAGAUGAGCCCGAAGACUCGGUGAACGCUGCACAUCCCAGCGAUGACCACUCGAAUUCACUCUAAAUGAUAUAGAUGCUUUCCUGUUUUCUCGGUGUAUGCACCAGCUUUUGCUUGUCUUAUCGCUUAUGUGAUACUGUACUUGUCUUUUUGAUUUAUUACACACUAAUCUUAUGCUCUUUUAAUCAUAUAACAACUUGUGUUCCGCUUUUCCUUUAGAGCGUGGAUUAGAAGUUUUCUUAUUGCAAGACAUUGCACCUCCUGUAACCGUAUCCGAGCACACACCGCAUACUUUAUAUGUUAGUCAUUCGUUGUUCUAUACCAACUGCUUGUUUUGGCACCUCAGAUUUACUCAACUCCAUUUUUCCUCUUACAUUCCAAUGAAAACGAUCCCGGGUGAUUACUUUGUCCGCAUGAAGUUACCCAACUUACUUCAGUUGUUUCCUUUUUUACGUUUAUUAAAUUAUUGGAACUAACUUGAU